AACUACAACUCCCAAGACGCAAAGCUGCUGCGGCCCGUCCUCUGUUUUGGUCUGAGAGCCUUGAUCCCGUCGUGCAUCGAGGCGCGCGAAAGGCAACCUGGGAAGAGUAGUUCGUCCGGGCACUUACCGGUUUCGCCAGCGCGGCAGAAGCUGUUCUCGCGGCUGGAGCCCGGGGUCGUGUGGGGGUGAGCGGAGCAGAGAAAGGGCGCCAAGGGAAACGGUGAGUCAGGCCGGAGCUACGCGAUAAAGGGAGGCGGCACCGCGGCGGAGGCUCAAGCGGAGUAACUGCGGCCGCGAGCCGAGUCUGUUCUGGGACGCCUCCGUCGGCGUCGGCGAGGGAGGCGUGAGGAGGAGCCGGGCGUCUGCAGCCGUUCUCGCCCUCGGCGCCCCGCCGCCAUCUCCAGCCAUGCAGUCCCGGGAAGACGGCCCGCGCUCUCGCCGCCUCUCCAGUCCCCGCGGCGGGAGGCGACCCAAGAGGAUCUCCAAACCCUCUGUGUCGGCCUUCUUCACGGGGCCGGAGGAGUUAAAGGACACGGCCCAUUCUGCAGCCCUGCUGGCCCAGCUCAAGUCCUUCUACGACGCGCGGCUGCUGUGCGAUGUCACCAUCGAGGUGGUGACGCCCGGCAGCGGGCCCGGCACGGGCCGCCUCUUCUCGUGCAACCGGAACGUGCUGGCGGCGGCGUGCCCCUACUUCAAGAGCAUGUUCACCGGCGGCAUGUACGAGAGCCAGCAGGCCAGCGUGACCAUCCACGACGUGGACGCCGAGUCCUUCGAGGUCCUGGUCGACUACUGCUACACCGGUCGCGUGGCGCUCAGCGAGGCCAACGUGCAGCGCCUGUACGCGGCGUCCGACAUGCUGCAGCUGGAGUACGUGCGCGAAGCCUGCGCCUCCUUCCUCGCCCGCCGCCUCGACCUGACCAACUGCACGGCCAUCCUCAAGUUCGCCGACGCCUUUGACCACCACAAGCUGCGCUCGCAGGCCCAGUCCUUCAUCGCUCACAACUUCAAGCAGCUCAGCAGGAUGGGCUCCAUUCGGGAGGAGACGCUGGCCGACCUGACCCUGGCGCAGCUGCUGGCCGUCCUGCGCCUGGACAGUCUAGACGUGGAGAGCGAGAAGACGGUGUGUCACGUGGCCGUGCAGUGGCUCGAGGCCGCUCCCAAAGAGCGGGGCCCCAGCGCUGCCGAAGUCUUCAAGUGCGUUCGUUGGGCACACUUCCCGGCAGAGGAUCAGGACUACCUCGGAGGACUACUGACCAAGCCCAUUGUGAAGAAGUACUGCCUGGACAUUAUCGAAGGGGCGCUCCUGCAGCUGCGCUUUGGGGAUCGGUUGUACAAGUCCGUGGCGUCCAAGCCGAACAGCAGCCACGGUGGUGGCAGCAACGGCAGCAGCGGCAAUAGCAGCAGCAGCAUCAGCAGCAGUAGCUCUGUGGUGUCUGUAGCAGAGAAUCCACCCCAGAGGUUGGGUAUGUGUGCCAAAGAGAUGGUGAUCUUUUUCGGACACCCCAGAGAUCCUUUUCUGUGCUACGACCCCUAUUCGGGAGAUAUUUACACAAUGCCGUCUCCUUUGACCAGCUUGGCACACACGAAGACCGUUACCUCCUCGGCUGUGUGCGUCUCUCCAGACCAUGACAUCUAUCUCGCCGCCCAGCCCAGGAAAGACCUAUGGGUCUAUAAGCCGGCCCAAAAUAGUUGGCAUCAACUGGCGGACCGCUUGCUGUGUCGGGAGGGCAUGGACGUGGCAUAUCUGAAUGGCUACAUUUACAUCUUGGGCGGGCGAGACCCGAUUACUGGAGUUAAGUUGAAGGAAGUGGAAUGCUACAGCGUUCAAAGGAACCAGUGGGCGCUGGUGGCCCCUGUACCGCAUUCCUUCUAUUCCUUUGAACUGAUAGUGGUCCAGAACUAUCUUUACGCCGUCAACAGUAAGCGCAUGCUCUGCUACGACCCUAGCCAUAAUAUGUGGCUGAAUUGUGCGUCUCUUAAACGGAGUGACUUUCAGGAAGCCUGUGUCUUCAAAGAUGAGAUCUACUGUAUUUGUGACAUCCCAGUCAUGAAGGUCUACAACCCAGCCAGAGGAGAGUGGAGGCGGAUUUGUAAUAUUCCCCUGGACUCAGAGACUCACAAUUACCAGAUCGUCAAUCACGACCAAAGGCUGCUCCUCAUCACCUCUACCACUCCCCAGUGGAAGAAGAACCGCGUGACGGUCUAUGAAUAUGAUACUAGGGAAGACCUGUGGAUUAACAUAGGUACCAUGUUAGGCCUUUUGCAGUUUGACUCUGGCUUUAUUUGCUUGUGCGCUCGCGUUUAUCCCUCCUGUCUUGAACCGGGUCAGAGUUUCAUCACCGAGGAAGACGAUGCAAGGAGUGAGUCCAGCACUGAGUGGGACCUGGAUGGGUUCAGCGAGCUGGACUCGGAGUCAGGAAGUUCAAGUUCCAUUUCUGACGAUGAAGUCUGGGUUCAGGUUGCUCCUCAGCGGAAUGCACCAGAUCAGCAGGGUUCUUUGUAAGUCUUUGGAGACGGGCAGACGUUUCUACCGUAUGGAAUGUAUCUUAAACCGAUACCUUUUCCUGUAAAAGACAGAGUUGGUUAGGACUGGAGAUUUGGUUUUAGAAAGGGUAGCAAUUUGAAAUAUUAAUACAGUAUACAUACAAAAUUUAUACAUUUUUGACUUGAAAUCAACUUAUUUGAGUAAUUUUCUGGGCUGGAAGUCCGUGAUUAAAAUGCAUAGUGACCUGUUAGUGGAUUUGUUGUUGCUGUUAAUUAGUAUGUUCAUAUUUUAAUUUUCCUAAUUUAGUUAAAUCUUGCCUAGUGCUACAAGAUCUUUAAUUUGUUACUAGGGCAACUGGACUGAGAAUUGUUGGGUUUUGAAGGUGUUCACAUUUUCCUUCAGAAAAAUGAAAGGUUACAUUUUUAAGUAGGUUUGUAGUGUUCUCAGUUAUAGUUAUUAAAAUUUAGUAUGCUCUCCUUUCUGCAAAGAAAGAAAUGUUAGUAAGGUAACAAGUGAUUCCAUGUUGAUAAUGUGUUCAGUGGGCUUAUAUAGUCACAGAAAAUUUUUAAAAAUCAGGAUUCCACUGUUUUUAUAUGUGCUAAAUAUGUCCUAUUUCUUACCUUGAAAAUAAAAAAUUCUAGUAGUGUCACUAAUUUAAGCACCCUUUUAAACCAAAAAAAAUGAAAAAGAUAACUUGCUUCAUAAAGUCAGUUUUGAUCUGUACAUGUUAAAUGCUUUGACUCAGAGGAACAACCCUUUUCUUCACUGGACAUGAUUAGAUAAUGUAAAUUUCUCAUUGGUCAUGCACUGUCUUAAAAAGUUUGUUUGCUUCCCUAAAAUAUUUUGGCUAUAUAGUUUUAGUAUUCAUCUUAGAGGUUUUUAUCAGCAGAAAGUGAUUUAUUCUUUGAUGUAUGUGAAGUAAUAUUGGUGUUGAAAACAUGUAUAAGCUAAAGGCAGUAUUUUAUUGACCAGUAGUUGUAGUGUUUAUCAACUCAAGUGCCAGCAAAGGACUUUGAAACUUCAAGCUGUGUAGAGCACUGUUUUGUGUAAUAUUGAACUAUUGUCCAUUUUUUAAGUUACUGUAAUAAAUGUUCUUGGUUUUCAGCUUGAAGAUAUUUUUGUAUUAAAAGUUGAGAGUUAAAGAACUUAAGAGGACGGCGGGUGGCAUUUGGGGCCAGUAGUUAAGAGUAUGUUCAGUUUUUUUUCCCUAAACAGUGAUAUACAUGGCCAUUUUAAUUAUGGUGUCUGUUUCUAUUUUGUAUUUCACUGUGAGUGUUUUGUGUCCAGCUUUUGUUUCAGUCACCAUAUGUAAGGGAAAGUCCAGAAAGUAAACCACGUAAAACUGGCAUUAUUACGUUAUAGGUGCUUACCUUUGGAAGGUUUAUUAAUACAUAUGGUUGUCAUAAUACAUAUACACGACAAAUGGUGUACAUAUACAAAUGUUUUAUGCUAUAAAGUUUUCUAUACUCUCUUAGAAUUAUCUUCCUGAGUCUUUCUUCAAUAACAUGCAAAUUCCUUUUUACUCUGUAGUGACAAAACGCUCAUCUCUGUAGAGGACAGAAGAAUCUGCUCCAGGUCAGGGACGUGAUUUUUUUUUUUUUUUUAAUGAAAAACAAAAAAUAAAAUAACAAAACAAAAUGCCACAGAUAAUGUAUUAUUUGUCAUUUUGAUUAGCUGUGUGGAAGUGUAAAACAUUUUCAGCUCAGUGGUAGGUAGGCUUCAGUGGCCUAAGUAAAUUCUGCUCCAUCGGUAUUAGGGAAUGUUAUAAGAGCUACCCCUAACUUAGAAAGCUGUUUUUCCCUGUGUGGGGGCCAACUUUUUCUUCCACAGAACUUCUGUUGAUAACUUUUGUAAGGUGGAAACUUAGUGACGCGUAUCUCAACCAGAUUAUUCAUCUGCACAAUUCCAAAUCUGCAAUUGAUGUAUAAAAGGCAGAUUCUCAAUUCAUCAUUUUCAACUCUUGAGUUAAAGCUUAGGCUAAAUGUUAGUAAUAUCUUGGCUUACAAACACAUUUUCUUGGGAAGGAUUUUGAUUUUGUGAAACAUUUGUCAAUUAGGGAAUAGAUGCUAUUUAUAGAUAAAUGAUUUGUAUGUUGCUAGUUACAAAUAAAGCUGGUUUUAAACUGCA